UCUGUGUUAUUGCUUGUGGUUUUUUCUGUUUUUGUUUAGCUUUCUUAUUGAAAUGCCAUGUAUUGACUCUUCUUUCUCAUUGAUCUGAAAUUCUGGCGGGUUCUCUGGUGUAUGUCAAGCUUCAGGGGUGGCUUUUAAUGUUGGUUCCACUGCCUCAAACUACUCUGCUCCUUUAGCUACACCACUUUUUCCAUCAUCAUUGAAUCCCUUCUGUCCCUUGACCUCUGUUAUUCCAUUUGUGACAUCAUCUUUUCUGCCUAGACCGCCAUCUACAAAUCCUUUCAGCAUAAGAUCAUCUGCAACUCUGGCCAAUAGUUCUCCAUCUUUGUCUAGCCCAUUAUGUAUGGGCCCACCUACUUCAGCUUUUGGAACAUCAUCUCUCUUGGCAUCUGGCUCAUCUCUUUUUCCCGGAUCGUCAUCUGCAAAUCCUUUCAGGAUAACACCAUUUCCGUACCUUCUCCUCCUGUAACAACGGCAGCCCCUGCAUUUCUGACCAAUAGUUUUCCAUCUUUGUCUAGCCAAUCAUGCUCAUUUAUAGGACCAUUUCUCUCUAUCUCUGUUUCCGCUUCACCUUUGCAAACAUCUUCUGGAUUUAACUCUGGUUUGAAUUCUGCGAACACACAAUCAUCCCUACUAUCUGUGUCCGUCGGACCCUCAUUCACACAUACAAAUGCUUUGUUUCCACAACCAUACAAUGCCCCUUUCUUCAGUCAACCAAAAGCCUCUAAUGCACAACCAGUUCGUCCUCAAGUGGGGGAAAACUUAUUUUCUAUUAUAGCACCUCUGUUUUCUGUGAACAAUCUGCCUGGUUGUACUCAUGCUAAUCAGCCCUCUUUAUCUACUCCUUUGCAGCCAACUCUGACAACUCAGCUGGCACCUACUUUUACUACUAGCCAUUUUCCUCAAUCAUCAACAGGUUUACGUGGCUUUGAGAGCAUUACAUCCGGAUGUUGUCAGAGCACCUUUAGUCAACUUGUGUAUCUCAGGUCUGAUGCUCAGAGCACUGUGCCAGUGCAGCCAGCACCUAAUGUGAGCCCUUUUGGAGCUUUACCUACAAUGGCCAGGCUGGAUCUACAUCUCCGGUUCAGUACGGAAUUUCUAGCAUGCCUGUGUCUGAUAAGCCUGCAGCUGUUGGAAGGGGGUCAUCCUUGCUGACGCUUAGACACUUGUCUCGAAGACGGAUUAUGUUACCAGUUCGGAAUUAUGAUGCUAAAAGUGAUGGCCCAAAGUUGAGAACCACUUUAAAAACCUACAUUUUAAUAUUGAAAAUUAUUUCUCUUCCCGCCCCCUUUUCAGGUAGCAACUCCUAUUCAACCAAACACUGGAGAUCUAUUACAUUAAUGCUUCUGUUGCCGGAAUGUUCUCCUAUGCAGGUGCCAUUUUUUAGUAGUGAUGAAAUGGCUGCUGCACCCAAGGCAGACGCUUUAUUAGUUCCAAGGGAGAACCCAAGAGCUUUAGUUAUACUUCCAGAUGAACGGUUGCCCCUGCGGUCUAUGAAGGAGAAAAUGUCUCAUUUGGCAUUUCCAUCCUUCCAUGUGUAUAAGAAUGGACAUGGAGGGUGCCGAUCCUUCCAAAUUGAACAAGAAGCCUUAUGGUGGAACGGGUGGAAGCACUUAUGAUUUCUCCCAGGGAAGAAGCCUUAUGGUGGAAGCACUUAUGAUUUCUGCCAGGGAAGAGCUUUGCAUACCAGAGCCGCAGGUCAUGAAGCUGGUGAGGCUGCGAUUCUGGAAGAACACGUAGCUGAUAUUCAGGCAUUAAUGCCACAGCUCCGG